CUUUGGACGAAAAAAAAAAAAAAGGAAAAGAAGAUUGAAACGUGGUCCGGUGAUCGCUCUCCUCUGCUUCCCCGGAAUUCUUCCUUCCCAAGCAAAAGACGGGAGACAGAGUACCUAAAGACAUUCUCGAGUCACUUCUACAUUCGAACACUUAACACGUAUCACGGGUUUAGAAAGAAAACGAAAACCAAGAGGCACAAAGCCAAAGAAAGAUCUACAUCUCCACUCUUCCGUACCUCUCUCUCUUGUUUUGAUCACCAAUUUCAACCUUCUCUGUUUAUCCUUCCACACUUCUUGACUUUCUAUCGUGGACUCUCGAUUGUCCACACAUCGCCUUUUCCCACUCAGCACAUUACUCAGAACAUUUUCCUACCAUCGAAUGGAUUGGAAACAUCCAAUCCGUGCUGCUUCUUUUUCUCCUUCUUUUUCUUCUUCUUCCUCUUCUUCGCAAUAAUGACUAACUCUGCGGCAUCACCGUCACCGACAUCCAACAGUCCCAUGGAGACCGACCCCAAGAGCAAACGCAAGGCCUCUACAGCAGGCCUGCCGGCCAAUUCCCGUCCCGUAAAACGACGGGCUUCGAAGGCAUGCUGCUGUUGUCGGGCUCGUAAGGUGCGAUGUGACGUGGUCGAGAAUGGGUCACCAUGCACCAAUUGUCGCCUGGACCAAGUAGAGUGCAUCGUCACUGAGAGCAAGAGGAGAAAGAAAUCACGCGUGGAAGGUGAUAAUGUCAGCUCACAACCGCCCGCACACGCGCACUCUCCCGUGGAUGGCGCUGAGGAUGGUGCCAACCUCUUUCGCAGACUUAGCGAAUGCCACGGGCUCCCAGACGUCGUUCCUGCGUCUCCAUCCCAGCGUUCGCUGGACUUGGACCAAGGACACCAUAUUCCUCAUCUUUUGUAUCAAAGUCAAGCCAACAGGGCUGGCUCGGGAGAUCGUUUUCGACGGAGAAUGGCGCCCAACCCGGCUGUUCCGGCGACUCUCCCAUUGCACCAUGUCACUUCGCAGAUCCAGCAAUUACUGGACCCCUCUUUUGCGAAUGCGAGAACCGGCGGGGUUGUAUUGCCCGAUUAUAUCCGCGGCCUACCUCCUCGGCUCCAAAAGGAAGACAUUGAUUAUUUGUACCAGAAAGGGGCGUUGACCGUCCCUGACGUGGGUCUACGCAACGAGUUGCUCAAAAGCUAUAUCCACUACGUACACACCUACAUGCCCCUUCUCGACCUGGAAGAAUUUCUGCAAACGAUUGUUCAGAACGACGGUAUCCGUCGAAUGAGUCUGUUGCUCUUCCAGGCUGUGAUGUUUGCCGGUACAGCUUUCAUUGACCUCAAGUACCUUCAUGCGGCGGGCUAUCCUUCACGAAAGGCGGCCCGCAAGGGCUUCUUCCAGCGCGCAAGGCUUCUCUAUGAUUUUGACUACGAAGUGGACCGGAUCUCGCUCGUUCAGUCUCUGCUUUUGAUGACCUACUGGUAUGAGACACCCGAUGAUCAGAAGGAUACCUGGCAUUGGAUGGGUGUGAGUCUGUCGCUUGCACACACGAUCGGCUUACAUCGGGAUCCGGGCAACUCCCGCAUGGAUGUUCGACGCCAGCGAAUGUGGAAACGAAUCUGGUGGAGCACAUAUACACGCGAUCGUCUGAUUGCGCUAGGGAUGAGACGCCCUAUGCGUGUGAAAGACGAUGACUGUGACGUUCCUAUGUUGACCCUCGACGAUUUUGAGUUCCAGUCGUUUUCUCCCGAGAUCGUGAGCAUGGUGGGCAAUUCGGAGAUUCUACAGAACCCAAAUCAUCAGCGAGAGCUAGCCCUGAUGUUCAUCGAGAAGGCAAAGCUCUGUCUGUGUGUCAGCCAUGUGUUGUCCGCACAGUACUCGGUCUUAAGUCACAAAUUCGGCGGGACGAUGGAGACUACGAUGAUGCUGGUACCCAAGAAGUCGGCGGCAGAAACUUUUGAGGUUCGCCGUUGUGACCAAGAGUUAGAAGACUGGCUGGCCCACCUUCCUACCGAGAUUCAAUAUGCCCCUGCCGCACCUGCCAGAUUGGGUGAGGCUCAAGAGGUGCUUCAUUCCCACCGAGCUCUACUGAAAAUGGUCUAUUUGACAACGUCCAGCGCUCUGCAUCGCCCGCAGGUUCUCCCCGCUAUUCCUUUCCCAUCCACGGACGCUGAAUUACAAGAGAUCUCAAGGAACAAGGUUAGAUAUGCUGCCAUUGAGAUCACGAAUAUCGCCCAAGACCUACAUAGUCUUGAUUUAACCCGAUUCUUCCCUACGACUGGUGUCACCGUUCUUCUUCCUGCCGUUAUAAUCCAUCUUCUCGAUAUCAAGUCUAGCGAUCCCACGAUCCGAAUGACCAGUCUACAGCGAUUCUAUCAAUGCAUGCGAAUCCUACAGCGCCUAAGGGAGAUCUACGCAUCUGCCGACUUCGCGACAUCGUUCUUGGAGGCUGCGAUCCGGAAGGCCGGCAUUCAGCUCACAGUGGCACCACAGGAUAUGCAGGCACGGUCCAGCAGUACGCUCGACGCGACCACUCGCAUCAAUGCCUUGACUCCGCCUCCAGAUUCCUUGGCACAGAAGAUCCCCGAUCUUACAUUCCCUAAGUCUGAUGCGGCUGGGCUUACCGAACAGCUUGCUGCGGAAAGCGGGCCUACUUUUGCCUCAACUCCACCGGCUUCUGACGGCAGCGAGAAUGGCAGCACAAGUAAUAUCAACCCGAGCUACCGUCAGGACGCUUUCGGUAUCCCACACCUGGAUGCGGAACUAAGCCUAAGCCAACUGAUGGACCUGGCGAACGACGCAGAAGUCACGCAGAAUGACUUCGAUGCUUUAAUCAAUUUUGAUGACCCUGGGGCUGACUUUCUUGGUGCCGAUGAUGGUCUCAGUUCUGCCGGACUCGCCGGGGGGAAGGGCUACAAUUUUAGCCUGGGUGCGCUGGAAAACUUGCCUGACAUGACUACAUUCCAUCCCGCGGGCAAAGGUCUCGAUCUAACGGGUCUGGAAGACGGACAACUUUGCGACGAGCGCGUCCCUGGGGUGGCGCAAACCGAGAUGAAUACAAUCUCAUCCGAUCUUGACGCUGAGCUCGGAUUAAAUCUCUGAGACUUGCCUGACGUAUCCUACGUUGCCUGAGUGCAAUCUUGAUUGUUGUUGUUGUUUUGUUUUCGUUUGGGUGCAAUUCCUGUUGAUGAUAAUGAUCUGUCUUUCCCCUCGGCGCACAUACUUCGCCCUUGUGCCUACGUUCUAAGACAUAAGCAUCGGAGUCUUCUCGCUUUGUUUAGGAUUUGGGCGGAACUACCUAAAGGGGUCUGUUCAAUAUCUUUUGCCCCCUUCUUUGAACAGCUGGGUAUGUUUGGUUUCACGAUGACGCUAGUAAUUGUGCCUGCCGAUGUUUGUAUAUAAUCCGCACUGCAAAGCCGCAUGCGAUAUGAGGCAUAUAAAUGUGUAC